GAGCGCGGCAGUGCCGGCCGGGAGCGCCGGGGGCGGCAGGUCGGUCCCCCUCGCCGGCCUCGGGGUGCUCGGUGGGGCGCCGGCGGCGAGGGGCCGCCCGCAGGAGCGGUCCCGGUCCCGGUCCUGCCGCGGGCAGCGCGGGGCUUGCCCUGCCCUGCCCUGCCUUGCCCUGCCUUGCCUUGCCUUGCCACUGCCUGCUGCGGACGGGCGGGUGCGGUGUGCCCGGGGACUGCGGCGCGGGCUCUCCGGUCCCGGAAGACCUUUUCUCCUCGUAUGUAAGCAAGAAACUUGAAGUCCUGCUUCAGUGAGCUGGAAAUUCAGUUUUUUUAUGUUCCUUCUUCAUUCUCCAGUUGUGACCGGAAAACCAUAUCAACCUGUUGCAAGAUCAGAGAACACAUAUAUUACACACCCUGGAGCUGAGGCACAGAAGCUGAAAGAUUCAUUCAGUGCUGUAUAAAGAAAUGUGUGACUGCAAACCAAGACCCAGUGUUGGCAUCCCCACUUGAAUCACAAUUCCAAGCUUGGUGUGAAGUGACAAUCUGAAUCCAUAGAAGUUUGAAACCUGAUGAAGACCCUUUUGUGUGAUCCUACUGCUGGUGUUCCCUUUUUUGCUGUACAGGCUUAUUCUCAUCCCCACUCUGUCCCUCUGAGACAGGUUGUGAAAAACAUUACAACUACCAAUGAAUGGCUUGAUCUUCACUCUCAGCUCCAGAUGACCUGUUCUGUUGUUCAUAAGGAUGUCGUCUGUUACUGAAAAUGGAGACGUUACUGCUGGAAAGCCAAAUGAAGAGAAAACAUAUAAAAAGAAGUCCGGCCUGCGGAGGAUCUUGUUUCCACAGCUGGUGCUUUUUCAGCUACUUGGGGUGUUUCAGACUGCAUCCUCGGCUAUUAAAGGUGCUAUCCAGUUGGGAAUAGGAUACACAGUAGGAAAUCUUACAUCAAAACCAGACAGAGAUGUUCUUAUGCAAGACUUCUAUGUAGUGGAAAGUGUCUUUCUGCCAAGUGAAGGGAGCAAUCUUACCCCUGCUCAUCAUUACCCUGACUUCAGAUUUAAGACAUAUGCACCUCUUGCCUUCCGAUAUUUCAGAGAACUUUUUGGUAUCAAGCCUGAUGACUAUUUGUACUCAAUCUGCAGUGAACCUUUAAUUGAAUUAUCCAACCCAGGUGCCAGUGGGUCUUUAUUUUUUGUAACUAGUGGUGACGAAUUCAUCAUCAAAACAGUUCAACACAAAGAAGCUGAGUUUCUUCAGAAGCUCUUGCCAGGUUAUUAUAUGAAUCUGAACCAGAAUCCAAGGACUCUUCUUCCCAAAUUUUAUGGGCUGUACUGUGUUCAGUCAGGAGGCAUUAAUAUUAGAAUUGUUGUCAUGAACAAUGUUUUGCCACGAGCCUUGAAAAUGCAUUUCACAUACGACUUGAAAGGCUCCACUUACAAACGCAGAGCAUCAAGAAAAGAGAGGGAGAAGUCCAACCCUACAUUCAAAGACCUGGAUUUCCUGCAAGAUAUGCAUGAAGGGUUGUAUUUUGACUCUGAAACACACAGUGCACUAAUGAAAACACUACAGCGGGAUUGUCGAGUUCUAGAAAGUUUUAAGAUCAUGGAUUACAGUCUGCUUCUGGGGAUCCACAUAUUGAACAAUAACAUGAAGGAAAGAGAAGGAGAGUGUUCCCAGAGUGCAUCAGACGCUAAACGCCAUGGAGGGCAGAAAGUUCUCUAUUCCACAGCCAUGGAGUCUAUACAGGGCCCUGGGAAGUCUGGAGACUCUGUCACCACAGAGAAAACUAACACAAUGGGAGGUAUUCCAGCAAAAAGCCAUAAAGGUGAAAAGCUGCUUUUAUUUAUGGGUAUUAUUGAUAUUCUCCAGUCAUACAGGUUAAUGAAGAAGCUGGAACAUUCUUGGAAAGCUCUUGUUUAUGAUGGGGAUACUGUUUCAGUUCAUCGACCAAGUUUUUAUGCAGACAGAUUUUUAAAGUUUAUGAAUGCAAGAGUUUUCAAAAAAGUUCAAGCUUUAAAGACUUCACCUUCAAAGAAACGGUGUAAUUCUAUCACAGCCCUAAAAGCAGCAUCACAAGAAAUAGUGUGUGCAGUUAGCCAAGAGUGGAAGGAUGAAAAGCAUGGCAUUCUUGCUGAAGGACAAAGUUAUGCCAGCCUUGAUGAAGAAGUACUAGGUUCACACCACCGACCGGAUCUAGUGCCAAGCACUCCGUCUCUGUUUGAAGCAGCUUCCUUGGCAACCACACUUUCUUCUUCUUCCUUGAAUGCAGAUGAUCACUCUCAACGUGAUCAACCUACACUCUAUUCUAGCAGUAAGGGGUUACCUUCAAGUUCAACAUUCACUUUGGGAGACAGUGCCAUCUAUUUGACUUCAGAACAGAGCACAUUGGAAAUGGAAAAUGAUAAUGCUUCAGUUUUGGAUGUCUAUUUAUAACAAAGAAUACAUGAAGAGUAAAACUAAGGGAAGUGACCAUGGUUAAUGAAGAGCACUUUCUGCACUCCUUGUUUCAGAAGGAAGACUCUGCUGAGCCUAAUAGACAAAGAGUAAUAAUCAACAGAACUAAUUCUAAGAAGUGUCAGGAUAUUUGAACCAUAGAAAGAAUUGAUGGACUUGACAAAAAUGACAUGAAACAUUCCACACUCUGCUGUCAUCUGCUGUUGCUUGCUCAACUGUGAAGAACUGUGUAUUCAGGCUGCUUUCUACAAUAUUGCCAAUCACAUUUUUUGGACUCUGAAGAAAUAUUUUCUUAUCAGCUCUCUAGUGGUUUCAUUUGCAUGCAUUCUGUAACUAUGCACAAGCAAAAUCUAUUACCUACUUUACCUAUUUAAAAACAAACACAGUGGUGAAUAAAAUCAAUUUCAUUUUUCUGACCCAUUUUUCUAAUUGCUUAGUUCCACAUCAGUGGAAACUGGAACUGAUGUUGUAUGAGGGUUAGGGCAAAUCUCUGCACAUACCAUAUCAAAAUGAGCUUCUAAAGAUACUUUUACUGUUGGUAAAAAGGAGAUAAAAAUGUUAUUUAUAACAAGGCCUUAUGUUGUGUACAUAUAUUGUUCUUGAAAUAUUUUUGAUUUUACUUUAUUUCUUGUAAAAGAGAAAUUCUAUAAUUUAUUUAGAAAAUACUACUGUAAACUAUAGUUUUAUUGAUGAAUAAAAGAUUUUAUUCUGAAGACUA